CUGCAACUUUCAAGUUGUUCUUCAUUCUCUCUUCCAUCUCUCAUCUCUCUUUGUUAACAGUUGGGGUGUCAGUUAAUCACACGAUGGUUCUCUGUUUUUGUGGUAAGUUUGCUGUUGUUAAAUGCUCAUGGACACCGAAGAACCCAGGCAUACGUUUCUAUGCUUGCCCUCAAAAGGAUUCUGCUUGUCGCUUCAUCGGAUGGGUUGAUCCCCCCAUGUGUGAAAGGUCUAAAGUCAUUAUUCCUGGACUAUUGAGAAAUAUUAACCGAAUGCAAGCUUGGUGCACAGCUCUAAAGAUCAUGUUGCUGGCUAGUUGGGUGUUUUUUGUGAUUUUGUUCAUAAGGUUAUUUGUAGUUUUUGCUUAUGGAAUUGCUUAUGUUGUUUGUAAGGUUCUUUGUAUGAAUUCCAAUCAGUUGGUUGUACUUAACAACUGCCUUUUGUCCCAGCUUCUCAUUUUCCAAAUCUUCAUUUUCUUCAUCAUCAAAGUCAAUGGCAAGAAAUUUGGACAACUGUUGAUUUUUGUCUUGCUUUGA